GGCACGAGGCGGGACUCACAGCUGGCCUAUGGACGCGCGCCGGGGGUGGGCUGUCCCGGCCCCUGUCCAGGCCCACCGGGGUUUGUUAAAGCGAUAGGCCCCGCGGCGCGCCAGGGCUUCACCGGGUACCGCACAGCGGCCGCAGCGGCCCUCAGCGUGCGGCGGGCGCCCGUGACAGCGGCGCCCCUCCGCUCGCCAGGCCGGCUCCAGGCAGCUGCCGAUCUCCCUGGCGCGGCCCCAUCGCCCGGCGGGAUGGGCGGCGAGGCGGGGUCCGCGGCGGCCGUGGGCUCCGAGGGCCGCGUGAAGAGCUUGGGUCUGGUGUUCGAGGAUGAGCGCAAGGGCUGCUACUCGAGCGGCGAGACGGUGGCGGGACACGUGCUGCUGGAGGCGGCCGAGCCGGUGGCCCUGCGCGCGCUGCGCCUGGAGGCCCACGGCCGAGCCACUGCCGCCUGGGGCCCGAGCCCUGGCGCCGCAUCCCCGGCCGCCGCCUCGGAGGUGGAGUACUUGAACGUGCGCCUGAGCCUGCGCGAGCCCCCGGCCGGUGAAGGCAUCCUCUUACUACAGCCUGGAAAACAUGAAUUUCCAUUUAGCUUUCAACUUCCAUCUGAACCUUUAGUAACCUCAUUCACUGGGAAAUACGGAAGUAUUCAGUACUGUGUGAGGGCAGUUUUGGAAAGACCCAAGGUACCUGACCAGAGUGUGAAGCGGGAGCUCCAGGUUGUUAAUCACAUCGAUGUCAACGCACCAGCGUUACUAACCCCUGUAUUGAAAACUCAAGAGAAAAUGGUUGGCUGUUGGUUUUUCACGUCUGGUCCUGUCUCACUGAGUGCCAAAAUUGAAAGAAAAGGAUACUGUAAUGGAGAAGCCAUUCCAAUCUACGCAGAGAUAGAGAAUUGUUCCUCUCGGCUGAUUGUUCCCAAAGCUGCUAUUUUCCAAACCCAGACGUAUUUGGCAAGUGGGAGAACAAAGACUGUCCGGCACAUGGUUGCCAACGUGCGAGGAAACCACAUCGCUUCUGGGGGCACUGACACGUGGAAUGGGAAGACUCUGAAGAUCCCACCUGUUACUCCAUCCAUCCUGGAUUGCUGCAUUAUCCGAGUAGACUAUUCCUUAGCUGUGUAUAUUCACAUUCCUGGUGCUAAAAAAUUGAUGCUCGAGCUGCCCUUAGUGAUCGGCACAAUCCCAUACCACGGUUUUGGCAGCAGGAACUCUAGCAUCGCCAGCCGGUUCAGUGUGGACAUGAGCUGGCUGACGCUGACUCUGCCCGAGCAGCCUGAAGCGCCACCAAAUUAUGCAGAUGUGGUGUCCGAGGAGGAAUUCUCUCGACAUGUGCCUCCUUACCCCCAGCCCCCUAACUGUGAGGGAGAAGCAUGCUGUCCCAUGUUUGCUUGCAUACAGGAAUUCCGGUUUCAGCCUCCGCCUCUUUAUUCAGAGGUUGACCCGCAUCCACCUGAUGUUGAGGAGACCCAGCCCGUUUCCUUCAUUCUCUGAACAAAUGUCAGAAAUCACUGUGUUCAUCAUCAGAUUGGAGUGUCCGUUCCUUCCCCCACCUUGCCUUUUUGGAAAAGAGGGAGAGAAGAGGAAUGCAAGAACAGAAA